CCUGCGUUGAUCCUCGGGCGAGUGCGUGCGUGCGAAAUAUUGCCACUUGCAGUCGUUCCGCACAGCACCGGAUGCGUGCCUUGGGGCAUACGGCCCUCGAGAUAUAAAUUGCCGCGGGCACCUCGGCAAGGGAGGUCCGUCGCUAACUUCAAGCAAGCAAGUCUCUCAGCUCACUCAGCCCACUCACUCAGCCCACUCACUCAGCUCAGCACUUCCCUCUCAACAUCGCCAUGAGCCUCUUCCUCUUCAACUCGGACCCGUUCUUCCAAGAUCCCUUUGAGUACGAGCGCCGCGUGUUCGGCCGCAUGAACCGUCUGAUGAACCAGCUGAUUGCCGACGACCGCCUCGCUGCAUCUGCACAGGAGGGCGAGAAGCAGCCUGAACAGUCCUCGGACAACCAGUCCGGCAGCCAGUCGGAGGGCCAGUCGGUGUCGCGCCCGGCUCCCAGCGGCUGGGGAUUCUACAAAACCCCGCGCCUGGAUGUCAUCGAGAACGAAACCGAGUUUGUUGUCAAGGCCGACCUCCCCGGACUCAAGAAGGAUGACGUCCAUGUGUCGCUGCUCGACGAUGUGCUCACGAUCGAGGGCGAACGCCGCUCCUCGCACGAGGAAAAGAAGGACACCUACCACAUGGUCGAGUGCUCGUACGGCCAGUUCCAGCGCAAGAUCCGGCUUCCCCCGACUGUGGACGCCCAGAGCAUCCAGGGCAAGAUGACCGACGGUGUCCUCGAGCUCAAGAUUGGCAAGAAGGCACUGCCGCCUCCUCCCGAGGCCAAGAAGAUUGCGAUCAACUAGAGCCCGUGCCAGUGCAAGCCCAGCAAUAGUUGCGCCGUGGUCUCUCUGGAGACCGCCACAAUCAACAUCCAUCGGUUGCUCGACACGAUUCAAAUGUGUGUGCUCACCCUUGUUGUAAUGCCGCUUCGAUAGAAGCCUUUCAGUUUAUUCAUGAUUGUUUGAGUGUUGGCGGGUGCCGUCCACUUCUCGACAUCCACGACUGGUUAUGAGGAUACUGUUGGCAGCAUGUCUUGUGUAUUCGACUGUCGAUUUCUUCUUUUUGGUUCAAUAUAUCCACUUGUCGAGCUGCAGUGCAGACACAG